GUAUCCAGAAGCGAUGCAACCGAAUUCAGGUUGAGAUACAUCAGACCGUGCAACGGCACGACAUCCACCUUUGUUACGUACAAGUUCGAAUUCAAGAAGAUCCACAAAGACACGCACAUGAGCUGCAAUUUCUCAAUAAACGUCCCAAUCGGUGAUAACAUAAAGUACAAAGUCGUAUUGUAUGUAGAAAGAGCGACCGGAUUCAUGAAACUGUUCGAGUUCAAAGGGAAGGAUUGCUGCAAAGCGGCCAAUAUCUACUUAGGCGAGUUCUGGUACGAUAUCCAGAGGAAAGCUGGUUUCUCCACGACAGGACAAUGCCCAAUGCCGAAAGGUAAAUAUAUGUUGAAAAAUUAUCCGUUAAACUUCGAUCGUCUCGCUUACAAAGGAUUACCACAAGGCACCCUAAGGGCCAACGUAUUCGGGAAAGAAGUUAAAACGGAUAAAGACGCUUUCUGCACUGAGGCUCUUGUCGAUGUACUGCGAUCUUAAAACUCAACAAUCUCUAUCAUUAAAAACACUUUCCACAGCUCCAAUUUUAAAUCAUUUAGCAUUAUACAACAAUAUUUAA